AUGAAGGACCUGUUUAUUUCAUUAGGGUCGCUUAAGGAUGGUGGAAGUGAAAAGGAAGAGGAAUUAUUUAUAUUCAUGUAUGUAUGGGACCUAUCUCCAACAAUACAACUGAGGACCACCUUUGAAUCCGUUUUGAUUGUUACCGAACCGCAGAAAAGAAAAAAACUUUCAGGAGCGCAAUUUCGACAGAAAAAAACGAGGAAAAGAGGCACAGAAAGAAAAAUUGGCAGGUUCUUUGAUGAAAUUAUUAAUUACAUCGCGUACCGCGAUAAAAUCUCAUUGAUCCCCAUACCGCGUCGUAUCAAUACUACACUUUUUAAGAGCAAAUGGAAUGGACUUGCCUGUGGAAAACGCGCGAAUCAAGAGAAAAUGAGCACGGAUGCUUAUACUGAAGAGGAAAAAGGACCGUCAGAUGCUAGCACCAAAAACAACUUUCCUUGCCGCAUGUCUACGAUAACUUCCAACUUUACACAAAUUCAACCACGACAGCCUAAUUUCUAUCCACAAAAGAGACAAGGUCCACCAAAAAACUUUAAACCAACACCCAUGUCUACAUCAACUAUUACGAACCGCCCCUCGCAACAACAGAAUCAAUACCGUCCUAACUUUUUCUCAAAUCACGGACAAAGACCAAAUUUUAUCGCUGAAGAACUAACCAACACCGAAGCGACCGAACAAUCACAAAACGAACAAGAAUACGAUGAACAGCAAUACUAUGAUCCAAAUUAUGAAAAUUAUGAGCAACAAGAAUAUGAAAAUUCAGAUAACCACUUUAGUCGAUAUGCCCAAGCCUAUCAGACCAUGUCACGAAAUCACGUUGACAUACUAUCUAAAACGAAACAUUUCUUUUCACAUCAUGGAUUUCCAAAAUCACUUCAUGCCGAUUAUGGAGAAUUACGUUCAGAAGUUAUUAAAGAUUAUUGUAAAGCUCAUGAAAUACAUUUGCACUUAGGAAGCACCAGCAAUCCUAGUUCUAUUGCACCAAUUGAACGAUUACAUAGUACCAUUGGAGAAAAACUUCGAAUCCUGAGACAGACUCGAAAAACAGACACUACUACUGACCUAAUGACUGACGUUAUAUUAAAUUACAAUCAAUCUGUUCAUUCUACUACAAAACAUACACCUUUUGAUUUAUUAUACGGUAGUACUGAAGACCCUUAUUCAUCGCAUCUUAAACAAAUAUUAGAAAAAGACAAAAUUAAUGAACAAAUCGCUCACGAUUCUUACAAUCAAUUAAAAAAACAAACUAACAAAAUUAACGAAAAACGCGUAUCUAAGAUCGCCGUUUUAAAAUCUGCGAUCUAUAUCAAAAUCCCAAUCAGACAAACUAAGGACAAACCAAAAUAUCAAAAACAUACUAUUUUCAAACAACAAGGAAAUCAAAUUUUAAUCAAAGAUAGAAUACACAUGCUGAGACGAAUCAAGCCUCAACGUAAAAAUCCUUUACAGAGCUCUACCAGUCCAGUGCCUACCAAUUCGAGCGCUACUGAUGAACCCUCUGCUCAAAGCACCUCCGGUAAUCAAACUGCCUCUAGGAAAUUCAAGAUUAAUCGAAAAUCGUCAUAAAACUCAAUUCCUUAUUAAUUUAAAUUAUAUAACCAAUCCAAAACUACGUGAAAAUCAACACGCACUGAAUCUACAGAAUUAAAAAGUUAUUUUCUUCUAUAAAGGUUUGCAAGGCACUUUUGAGCACAAUACUAUCAAUAUCCAAGAAAGCAUAGUUUCUGUUACACAAAAUAUGGCUUUUCAAAUGAAAUUCUUCGAGCAAAUCGCACAUCAAAUAAAUUUAAAUUCAAAUUAAUCAUUUGAGCGUCCUAUCCAUUAUUUCAUUAAAUCAUAGGGAAAUAAAUAUCCUCAUUGAACAUUUGCAAACUUCACACCAUAAAGAUCAUCUGUUAGAUUUUGAAACAAUGCACCCUUUUGAGAUACUGAAUCUUUGCGAACUAUCAAUUGUAACUUUGCGAAAUGAAUCAAUUCGUUAUUCAUGUACCUCUUCUUGACCGUAAAAACUUAC